GUGUGCGCGUGUCUACAGGUAGCGGCGGCGGCGGCGGCGGCGACCGGAGCAGGGGACGAUUUGCAGCCACCUCCCCGCCUGUGAUUUUUGGAGGCGAUUGCUCACUUAGCUGGCGAAUCUGUACCCUCUGGAGAUCUUCUCAUCCUCUCCAUUUCCACGCGUCUUAGGCGUCUUCCAGUUGCAAGUGUGUGUUUGGGUAUUUUAUUAAUUUUUUUUCUUCUUCCUCUAAAUCUUCUCGGGAAUUCUGCAUAUUGAAGCAGGUGGCUCCUGAUAAGAAAUCUUUGGAUGUAUUUGGCUUGCCAAGUUUUUCUCUUCCCCGUCCCCUCCCUCUUCAGAGGCAUCUGUGGUGCUUUUCUUUUUUGGAUUUAUACGCAGAAAACGUAUAUAUGUUUAUAUACCGACCGCAUAAUAUGUAAAUACAUAUAUGCGUGCCCAAGUACUUGGUUUUCGUCUCUCUUCCCGACAAAGCGGAAUGUUUUGGAGCCGAUGGAUAACGAGAACAGUAUUAACAUUCUUUUGAGCCUGUUUUUUAAAAAGGGGAGGGAGCGUGAAGGAUGGUUUAACAUUCGGCCAUCGUUUGGCUGCACACUAAGCAUCACGAACUAUUUAUGGUUGCAGAUCAGGUGCAAACGGGGCUUAGAGAGAAAGGAUGCAGAACUGCUGCUAACUGGAUUUGAUUUAUAAGAGAGAAAUCUACAGUCAAUGGCCACUCUUGUCAUGUUGCUACUAUGGAAAACAGAAUGGUCAAUAGGAUAUGGUUUGAUAAAUAGUGAUGAUUGAAGAUGCUACUUCAAUCCAUGUGAAAUCGUUGGGAGAUACUGGCUGCAUAAAGAGCUUUCUGAGCUUUUCUUGACAAGCUCGCCUUGAAGAAGUUGGAGGUGGAGGUGUAUUCUACCAUUACAUGGUCUUUCUCAAGUGGAUACAAAUACCUUUGCUUCACUGUAACCAGACAGCUACACAACUAAUGUGGGACCAUGGCACUGCCCAGAUGCAUGUGGCCAAAUUAUGUUUGGAGAGCAAUAAUGGCAUGCUUGGUACACAGGGGAUUGGGUGCCUCAUUGACUCUCUGCGUGUUGGGAUGUUUACUUCAGGCUGCCCAUGUGCUUUCACAAAAAUUGGAUGAUGCAGACCCACUGGUGACUACCAACUUCGGCAAGAUAAGGGGGAUUAAGAAAGAACUCAAUAAUGAAAUUUUGGGGCCUGUUAUUCAAUUUCUUGGCGUUCCGUAUGCAGCCCCACCCACAGGGGAACAUCGUUUUCAGCCUCCAGAACCACCAUCUCCCUGGUCAGAUAUCAGGAAUGCGACUCAGUUUGCUCCUGUGUGUCCCCAGAAUAUCAUUGAUGGCAGAUUGCCGGAAGUCAUGCUUCCUGUAUGGUUUACUAAUAACUUGGAUGUGGUUUCAUCAUACGUACAAGACCAGAGUGAAGAUUGCCUAUAUUUAAACAUAUAUGUUCCAACUGAGGAUGUAAAAAGAAUAUCCAAGGAAUGUGCCAGAAAACCCGGCAAGAAAAUAUGUAGAAAAGGAGGUCCCCUUACAAAGAAACAGACAGAUGAUUUAGGUGAUAAUGACGGUGCUGAAGAUGAAGAUAUUCGGGACAGUGGGGGUCCCAAACCAGUGAUGGUGUAUAUACAUGGUGGCUCAUAUAUGGAAGGUACUGGAAAUUUAUAUGAUGGGAGUGUCUUGGCAAGUUAUGGCAACGUGAUCGUCAUCACAGUCAACUAUCGACUUGGGGUACUUGGUUUCUUGAGCACAGGGGAUCAGGCUGCAAAAGGAAACUAUGGACUCCUUGAUCUCAUACAGGCUUUAAGAUGGACUAGUGAGAACAUUGGAUUCUUUGGUGGUGACCCCUUAAGAAUCACUGUUUUUGGAUCUGGCGCUGGGGGUUCAUGUGUCAAUCUUCUGACUUUAUCCCAUUAUUCUGAAGGUAACCGUUGGAGCAAUUCAACCAAAGGACUUUUCCAACGAGCCAUAGCUCAAAGUGGAACAGCCCUUUCCAGCUGGGCUGUUAGUUUCCAACCUGCAAAAUAUGCUAGAAUGUUGGCCACAAAAGUUGGUUGCAAUGUUUCAGAUACAGUAGAGUUAGUGGAAUGCCUACAGAAGAAGCCUUACAAAGAACUUGUUGACCAAGAUAUUCAACCAGCACGAUACCACAUAGCCUUUGGACCUGUGAUUGAUGGUGAUGUAAUACCAGAUGACCCUCAGAUAUUGAUGGAGCAAGGAGAGUUUCUCAACUAUGAUAUAAUGUUAGGAGUUAACCAAGGGGAAGGGUUAAAAUUUGUUGAAAAUAUAGUAGAUAGUGAUGAUGGUAUAUCAGCUAGUGAUUUUGACUUCGCUGUUUCCAAUUUUGUUGAUAAUUUAUACGGAUAUCCUGAAGGCAAAGAUGUUUUGAGAGAAACUAUUAAAUUCAUGUAUACUGACUGGGCUGACCGUCAUAACCCUGAAACCAGAAGGAAGACAUUACUGGCUUUGUUUACAGACCAUCAGUGGGUAGCACCAGCUGUAGCUACAGCAGAUCUUCACUCAAACUUUGGUUCACCUACAUACUUCUAUGCCUUUUACCAUCAUUGCCAAACAGAUCAGGUUCCAGCUUGGGCUGAUGCAGCUCAUGGAGAUGAAGUUCCCUACGUACUAGGAAUCCCCAUGAUUGGACCUACAGAAUUAUUUCCUUGCAAUUUUUCCAAAAACGAUGUGAUGCUGAGUGCAGUUGUAAUGACAUACUGGACAAAUUUUGCCAAAACUGGUGACCCGAAUCAACCAGUCCCUCAAGACACGAAAUUCAUCCAUACUAAACCCAACCGCUUCGAAGAAGUAGCAUGGACCAGAUAUUCCCAGAAAGAUCAACUCUAUCUCCAUAUUGGAUUAAAACCAAGAGUUAAAGAACAUUAUAGAGCCAAUAAGGUGAACCUCUGGUUGGAGCUGGUACCUCAUCUGCAUAAUCUCAAUGACAUUUCUCAGUAUACCUCGACAACAACUAAAGUGCCAUCAACCGACAUCACUUUCAGACCUACGAGAAAGAAUUCUGUACCUGUCACAUCAGCAUUUCCCACUGCCAAGCAGGAUGAUCCCAAACAACAACCAAGUCCAUUUUCAGUGGAUCAAAGGGACUACUCCACAGAGCUGAGCGUCACUAUUGCAGUUGGAGCAUCACUGCUGUUUCUGAAUAUCCUUGCCUUUGCAGCCCUGUACUACAAAAAGGAUAAGAGGAGACAUGAUGUUCAUAGGAGAUGCAGCCCUCAGCGCACUACUACCAACGAUCUGACCCACGCACAAGAAGAGGAGAUCAUGUCCCUCCAAAUGAAGCACACUGAUUUGGAUCAUGAAUGUGAGUCCAUCCAUCCACAUGAGGUGGUUCUUCGGACCGCCUGUCCCCCAGAUUACACACUAGCUAUGAGGAGGUCACCUGAUGAUGUUCCCUUAAUGACACCCAACACCAUUACAAUGAUUCCCAACACUAUACCAGGGAUUCAACCCUUACACACAUUCAAUACAUUUACUGGAGGACAGAACAAUACUCUGCCCCAUCCCCACCCCCACCCCCAUUCACAUUCAACAACCAGGGUAUAGCCAGAUAAGAGAAACAAACUCUAUUUUUUUGAUGGAUUGCAGUAAAAGAUUACUGAAGAUUUCUUGGCUUUCAACCUACAAGACUCUUACUAUUUAAAUAAGGAGGAAUAUUAUGUGAAUAUACAUAUCAAGAACUUUGGGGGUUUUGAAAAAAAAUAAAUUGUACAUAUAUAAACAAAUCAACUUUAAAAAUGAAUUUCAAUUGCUUGAAGCAAUUGUUCUGAAUGAUACUUUUUCAUUCACAUUCAAGAAUUAAUUUUUUGAAGAUUUAUGUUACAUAAUGGAAUUAGGCAUGUGGAACACCAAACAGGAAAGAACUAUGUCUGAAAUAUAAAACAUAAAAAUAAAAAAACAACCAUGAAUAUGCACAAGGGACACACCAAUGGAAUGUCAGAUAAUUUUCACCAGUUUUUAUUUGGAGCCGUUUUAAUGUGUAGACCAUAUUUACAUAUUUGGAUAAGUACACAAAGCACCAAUGCUGUUAAUGGCCUUAGCGGAGGCUCAUGCUGAAAUUUGCCAGUAAAACAAAGAAGUUUAAAGACUGGCAGGUACAACAUUAUCACAUAAGUGCUGUCAGUAUAAAGUUGUGGGGAUAAAGGAAACUGGAUAUUUUUAGCACGAUGUGCAUGAUAAUUUAUAUGCUUGGUGGCUGUGCUGCUGAUUAAGCCGUAAUUAAAAUUCUUCUCAUCCCAUUGGAUUCUUUAAUAGAAGCUUCCUCUAUCAAUUGGCAGAGCCUAAAGAAGAUUUUAAGGGGCAAAAGUAAUUAGGAGUAAAUAAUUCACAGUAGUUUUGAUAAUAGGAGGUAUUAGUUAUUAAGGGUAUUUGAAGAAACCAUAGGUAUAGUGGUGAAUACUCGCUGAUAUGAAUCCCAGGAAAAAAGAAAUUCCUGUGUUUUUAAUGUUCUUUUCAUUCCAAUCUAAAUAAUUUAUAGAAAUACAGCCCUAAUUGGACAUGUGUUACAGGAUCUAUAAUUUGCUGUGGUUUUUGUUAUUCUGUAUUUCGUUCCUUUUGGUAAGGUGAAGUGUGUCCAAAGAGUUACUUGCAACAGUCUUUUAUGAUAUGAGGAUGCCCCAAAUUACCACUCUGAUUACAGUUCUCAGUUAAUUGAUUUACUCAUGUUGCAUGACAAAAUGUUUACUAAUAAGAAUUCAAUAUACAGUAAUGUCCCUCCUCAUAUCACUUAUCUUUCUCACUGAGGUUCACUCACUGGAAUUUACUCAUGCAAUCUCAGUAGAGUACAACAUAGAUUCAGAACCUAGAAGGAGAGUCAACACCUGGAGGAUUUUAGUCUUACACAUACGUGUGAUUUUAAAUGAAUACUUUAAGACCACAGGAAACUCUUCAUCCCCCUGUUGUUUACCAGUAACAGUAUAUCACAGACCUUUCCAAAUGUUUGUAUAUGUAAUCAGAUGUACAUUUAUAUUAAAACAAAACUGAGAUGGACUUAAAGAGCACAUCCUGAUAAAUACUUUCUCUCUUACCUGUACUAUAUUUCUAUUAGACUAAAGUUAUGUGAUUUUUUUUUACAUUUUUUCAGAUGACUAGCAAUUUUGAUAGUUUGUAAGAUAAUGCAAAGAACUUUCUCUGACAAACUAACUGCAGUAACAGAAACCUUUCUUUUCAGUUACUCUUUUUCAAGAAUGAAAGCUUAUUAUACAAAAAAAAAUUGUAUACUACUUGAUGGAAACAACUUUGUACAUCUUGGCCAUGUCACUGGUCAUCGCGUGAAAUAAAGAUAAUCUGGAUAAUGACUAUUAGUCCAAUGCUAAGAGACAUGAUCUUUGCUCAUUAAAGAGCUAAAAUGUUUAUUGCUGUUUUGUCUUUUUUUAAAUAACAAAAGAAACAUGACUGUCUCAGAGAGUCAUUUUUCUAGACCAGUUGGGUUUUUGAAGACAUAUAGGUAACUUCUAUAGAAAACACAUGUGUAUUUAAAGGCAAGUGUUAUCUAAGAAGAAACUGAUGAAACUUAUCAUUAUGAAUUUAUAAGCCUGGGAACUCAUGAAAAAUGUUAGCUUUGUAUUUUUAAAUACCUCUUAUGUGAAAGUGUUGUAGAAAUAAAAUGUGCCAAUUGUUUUCAGUUAGAAACACAGGUUCUGAUUUUCAUCAUCAAGGAAAAGGCCUAUUGGAAAUAAAUGUGCAAUAUUUCAUGGAACGAGAAUAGCUAGGUUCAUAAUAUAAGCGUGAUUAAACUAUCAUAAAGCAAUGGACAGAAAGUUAUCCUCCUAAGAGAAUUAAAAAGUGCUGAACAAGAUAUUAAGCUGACACUAAAAGAUAAAAUCUUCUAUAUCAAGGAAUUUCUUUGCUUGUAAUUCCCCCUCCCAAUUAUUAACUAUCAAUGAAAUGUAGAUAUUACUCUAUAACUUCAAAUGAAAAUCUCUGUUAGAGGUGAAAAGUCUUCAAAACUCAGAGCGGUCUACAUGCAGUUUUGCCUAAUGUGGUUAUGCUUUUAGACUGGGAACUGCCAAUGUAAACCAAGAAAAAGAAUUGCUUAACGUCUGAAAUAUUGCUAACCGGAAAACUGUCUUUUAUUACACCAAUUAAACAAAAGAUAAAAAGAAAUACAAGUGGCAACAAAAUAAGAUAUGAGUGAAAUCUUUCAUAUGCAUUACUUCACUUGGCAAAAUCAAGCAUUCUAUUCUAGAUUAAUGGCCAUAUUAUAUCUAUCUGCAUAUCUGUUGCUCUAAAUUUAUCUAUCAAUCUACCAGUAUAUGCCAUAACUGACAUCUAUGUUAUAUUAAUUUAGGGAAAUGAUUUAGGAAACAAAGCAUAGUCCUAGUCUUUUUUCUAAAUUAAUGUAGUUUCAACUUUGUGGAAGAUAGAAAGCAGUUCUAGGUGUUAUUACUAUUCUCAAGUUGUGAUAAAGUCAUUGUGAAUGAAUGUUAGUUGUUAGUUUUAUAAUUACAGCAGCUAGUUUUCUGAGUGUAAAAUGAUUUCCCACAAUAAACAGAACAUUAAGAACUGUUUUUAAAGCUGAAACAUAAUUUUUAAAUGCAAGAAAUAUUUUGAAUAUUGUUAAAUUUUAACCAAUAUCUUUAAAAAGUAUUUAUUUAGACAAUUUUCUUUAGAGAAAAAGUAAGUCACAAAAUUAAAAGGAUAUUUUUGGCAUUACUUAUUAAUUCAGAUUUUCCUCCCUCAGAUUAAAUGGCAAAUAGUCAAGGCUGCUUAGAAUUUAUAUAAACAUUAAGCCAAAAUGGACUUUAUUUCAUUGUUUGUUAUAUGAAAUUAUUACUAGGUGUUUAUCAACAGAUUAAAGUUGUUCUAGAGUAUGGGAUUAGAAAUAUGAAAGUGAUAGAUUUCACAGUUUUAAAUUUCUAUUGAAUAUGUCAACUAUGAACAAAAUCUGGUUGAAUACUACAGAUGUAUCAUAAGGCUCAUCAUUAGCUUUAUGGAAAUUGGAAAGUCAUUUUCUAAAGCAUUAAAACUAUUCAAUUUGAAUUUGGAGAGAUCAUGCUCACAGCUUAAAGAAGAAAAUCUGAGUAAAGUAGAAAUGAUUUCAUUCCUAUUUCAAAUUUAAAAGUUUUGACCGUAAUGAUUCUUUAAUUCAGAUUUUUUUGAUCUGUACAACAUGAAAACAGCAACCAAAUUUUUAAAAAUAAUUAACCAUAUGUGAUAUGAAAGAGGAAAACACUGCACUCAUUUUCUUACAGAAAAGAAAUGCCAAAACUCAAUUGGUAUAUCUAUAAAAUACUCUUCUCAAGUUAUUUCACCUGUUGACAUACUCAUACCAACACGCAUUAUUAAUAUCAUGAAAAAAUACAAAGAAUGUGGCAAAUGUGUUUCAGCUUUAAAGGCAUUACUACAUAAAAAUUACUGGGAUUUUUUUUCUUUGGCGAGUUUCACUGAAAGAUUUUCACAGGGCAAAAUGAUGAAUGGAAUUUUUAGGAAGCUUUCAAAUACCAUGGCAAUCCUUUGAUGUUUGUUUUCUUCUGUGUUGUUGGUUCAAAGUACUGGCCUUUUUCUUCAUUUCUAGUAAUUAGUUGUUAUAGACUAUCAGUUUUUAAUGUAAGUGGAAAUUAGAUAAUUUGGUUAUACUUGUGAAAACAUGCUCCCAAAUAAAUUCAAUUAAUGGGCAAUUCCCUGCUGAGAUUUUGUUAUCAUUCAUUUAAUUAUCUUGUCAAGCUUUACUGUUAAAGACAAUUGUUUUGGGUUUUUAGUCAAUAAACUAAGGGAAUUUCUCCAACAGCCUUAUACCUCUCCUGCACUUGAUAUGCUAACAUACACUUCAAAUUUCCAUCAGAAGUCUCUAAAGGAAUAGCCUACUGAUAUGAAACAUUUGGUAGCCAACUUGAUUCUCUUUCAAAAGCAUUCUGAUUUGACUUUAUUCUGGCACUUUGAUGUAUUUGUAUGCAUGCCAGAAUUCAAUUCCACUUGAUAAAGGUUAUGGAGUGUACAGACUGGAAUAACCAUGUGCAGGGUAUAAGAGCCUUUCUUCCUGGGAUUUUAUUUAUAAAUCUUAUUGUCUUUUUUAAAUUUGCAAAUCCUGAUAAUUUAGUUGAAAAGAUACAAUAGAAUAACCAUGUUACAAAUUUCCAGUAAGAAAAUUUAUUUAAAAAGUUCUUUUCUUCCAUUUAAUUUGAUUUUUUGUAUGACAGCAAAUGAGUCCAAACUAUUCCUAGAAAAGAGUAAGGUGAAUUUUUGGAAAACAACAAAUAAUUAUUUAGGCAUCAGACUUAAUAGUAUUUAAGUGUAGCAACUUAAAUCUCCAACAAACUUUAACUUUUUUCCAAACAGGUAAGUUUAAUUUAAAAUGAGUCUGAAGUUGUUAGGGAUAAACAUAUAUUAGAAAGUAUAUCAUUUUUUCUAGUCAACCAUUAUAUAUAUACCACAUUGUGUAUAUAUAUAUAUAUAUAUAUAUAUAUAUAUAUAUAUAUAUAUAUAUACCGUAUAUAGGAUAUAUAUAUAUAUAUCCUAUUUGGCAUGUGGUUUAUUGGAUAUUUGUGAUGGCUCUUUCAGACUCACAUAUUUACAAAUGACUUUGUAUAUUUUACUACAUAUGUACUAAUGUUAUAGAAUUUAAUCUUCUGUAGAAGGUCAAGCCAAAGUGCUAGCAGUUUUGUGUUGAAAUGAUAACAAUUAAAGCUUUAAAGAAAUUUGUAAAGGUCUAGUAAUAAAAACUCAGCAGAUGAAGUCAAAGCAAAGGCACUAUUUUUGAAUGCCAUGUCUAAGGUUGAUGUCUAUUAUUAGAUGGUAUGUUUAAAAGAAUUUUAGCGUUUUUGAUUCAUCUUUUCUGCACUCAUAUCAUUUAGCAAAUCAAUGGGACAUAUGUCAUGCUUUUUGUAAAAAAAAAAAAAAGCCAUUGGGUGUCACGAUUCAGUUUGUGUCUGGACAUCCCUGGCUUUCAUUAA